CAGAGAGUAUAAAGUGCUACUCGCAAAAUAAUUUUGGGUUUUUAUAUUGUCCUCCUUCCAAGUUUGUAAUAGAUUGUAUAAAGUACAUAUGAAAUAAAAAAAGAAAUCAUCAAAGCAGAAGAAAGCAGAGCAUCCGAUUCGCAACAGGAGGUCCUUGAUUGUGAUCACGAGAUUUGUGGUGUUAUGUUGCAAUUUGAUCAAUUUUAAUACAUUUUAUAUUCAGGAAUUUUAUAUUUGCAAGGGCGUUCUCAACUCAAAGCGAAAGUCGUAUAUACACAGAUACACUGACUAUCGAAGACUAUUUAUUCAAAAUACUUAUAUCUGUUCAUUCCUUUCCUCAAUCCGAAGAUACGCAAAGGCAUUCUGAUAUCUGCAGAUGACGGUAAAUGUGGUAAGUCGCAAUUUUAAAUUAUAAUGUAAUAUUUAUAUUCAAGGUUUGAACCUGUUCUCAAAGCGAAAGUCACACAUACGAUUGACAAUCAAAUACUGUUCAUUCAUUCUUUCCUUUUCUUCAAAUGAAAGACACUAAAAAACAUUCUGUCAUUCUGAUUUCUCCAGCCACUUUGAUAUCAGUGUCUGCAGCAGACAAAUUCUUGUAAACUCUGUAUGUCGCAAUUUUAAUGCAAUUUUAAAUUCACUGCUUCACGAAAGUCAUACAGUAUGCUGUUCAUUGAAACCAAUUAUUUACGCUCAUUCCUUCACUGAAAUAAAAAAUAUUUCAAAUUCUUGAGGCCUAGCUAGAAUACAUAUAACCUAGAAUACAUAUAAUUAAAAGAUCAACUGAAAUUCCUCAAAGAAUCAAACAUUAAGACUUCAAUUCUCAUGAUAUUGAUAUUUACUGAUGCAGAACUGAUGUUUAACAACAAUAUCUGAUUGUAUUUUGUCUUCUACCAUAGCCGAAGUCUGCUGAACGAUAGCUGAGUACACCAUCUUAAGUCCGUAUAUGUUCUGAAGUUUCUGAGAAUCAGUUGAACUUCUGAGAAACAGAGAAAUGUGACUAGAACACUAACGCAAUGUAGUUACUGGGCCUGUUGACUUGCAUGUUUAUUGAAGGAACGUAUAGUCAAUUGUCAUGGCGUCCUACGACACUGGUUAUGAAGAUGAACUUUUUCAGUAUCCCGUUGGUCCGAGUCUUCACUGUUGUAUUUGUACCAAUGUCAUCAAAGAUGCAGCCAUGUGUCAUAAUGAACACAUCUUCUGCCGAACUUGUAUCACCAGACAUCUCAUGAACUUUCAGACAUGCCCAACAUGUAUGCAACCACUCACUGUCGAAACACUUAGACAAGCACCUCGGGGUAUAAGAAACUUGCUGUCAGAAUUGAAAAUUCGAUGUGAAUUCUUCAAUCGUGGUUGUGGAAAGUUUAUUGAACUGGGAGAUCUUGAAAGGCAUGUUGCAGAAUGCGGGUUUGCCCCAGCAGUCUGCUCUAACGAAGGAUGUCAACUUGAGGUGAAUAAACAAGAUUUACUUCAUCAUGAAACUUCUGUGUGUGAACUACGAAAAGUUCAAUGUCAUAACUGCAAAGAAACAAGGCAAGAGAUUGAUACAGUGAAAGUUAAUUUGGCAGCAAUGAAUGAAAAGUUGGACAGAAAUGAGGGAAAGUUCGACAACGUCAAAGCAGUGGUGGAAAAUGUGGCUGCAAAAGUUGAACUGGUUCAAGAACAACUUAACAAGCAGGAAGAAAGCAAUCGUCAGCUUAAGGAAGACAAUGUAGAAAUGAAGAAAAGUUUGAAUGAAAUGACAAAAAUGCUGGAAAGAAUGACACGACAAACAUUGCAUGAAGUUCAGGCUGAACAUACGAAGAAAGAAAUUGCAGAAGCUGAUCGAAUGGACAGAGAGUUAGAUGUUGUUGUUGCUGGAGGCCAGAAUUAUGGAAGUUUGAAUUCAGUGGAAAUGUUCAGUCUGGCAACUGGAAGAUGGACACCACUACAACAAAUGAGAGAAUGUCGCCUGGGAGCAUCUUCAGUCGUUUACAACAAUCACAUUUUUGUCAGUGGAGGUUAUACUCGUACUAACUGGUCCAAAUCCAUUGAAAAAUUGUCAUUGAAUGCUGUUCAAGCUGGCCAGUCCAUACCUUGGGAAAAUGUUCCUGCUGAGUUACUUGGACGGUUGGUGGGACACCGCAGUGUAGUUUAUAAUGGACGGUUGAUAGUGAUUGGAGGUUAUGAUGCUGAUAAAGCUGGAUAUUCUGAUAGUAUUACUGAGAUUUCCAUUGUUCCACCUUAUUCCACUAAACUGUUGGCUACCUUGCCACACAGAAGAUGCUAUUGUGGUGUUGCAUUGUUUGGUGAUAAGGUCUUGAUUGUUGGAGGGAGAGAAAACGCGAACAGUAACUCAGCUGUCAGAAAUGUUGUCAUGUAUGACAUUACUAAGAAUGAACAUCAGGAGUUAGGACCCCUCCCUUACUCCGUGUAUGAAAUGGCCACGGUCAAGUGGGGUGAUGACAAUGUCAUGAUGAUGGGAGGCAUUGACACACGCGAUCAAAUAUUAAACAAAGUUUUACUGUACAACAUCAAGACCCAGAAGAGUCGUAUGUUACCAAACAUGAAGUAUAAGAGGAAAGGAUGUGUGGCUGCAGUUGUCAGAGACACUGUCAUUGUCAUGGGAGGCAAAGACGAAGGAAGAAAUUACUUAAAGUCUGUAGAAAGUUUUAGGUUUGAUAGCAACACUUGGAAAAAACAUGCAGAUAUGCAUGAGGCAAGAUGCUGGGCUACUGCAGUUGUAUGCUAAUGAUGUCAUGUAUAUAUUAAUGUUAUUAUAAAUAUUAUAUGUUAUUUUCAAUCACAAUGCUGUUAAGGUUUGUUCCAAAAAUGUUGCUUUUGUGAAACAUCUUUUUAUAAUUGUGACAUGCAUUUCCGAGAACAACGAAAUAGACACAAACAUGUUUGCAUGGUGUUAAAUAUGAUUGUUUUGUGAGAAACACCAAGUAUCUUUAUUUGGGAAAGCUUUUGAUCUGUAAGCAGAAUUCAUUAUUACUGCAAAUAAUAAAAAAAACCGACAUUAUUUGCACCGAUGAACAUCUGAGCUUGCAGAUCAAAACACAAGGUAUUCAAUAAAAAUAGCGAACACCCCGAGGCUACGUUUCCACUAUACCGGAUAGCUUUCCAUAGUGGCGCGAAAAAACACCUAUAUGGUGGCCGAGCGUUGCCACUCGUUUUUUUUUGUACAUUUUACAUUAUUUUAAAGAUUUUUUUACUUUUUAUUUUUUUAAUUAAAAUGAAAAAUAAAAAUAAAUUAAAAUGAAAUACAAAAUAAAUUAAAAUGAAAUACAAAAUAAAUUAAAAUGAAAUGCAAAAUAAUUUACAAUUAAAAUUAAAGUAAAAGUGAAUUUCACCAUGGCCGAGGGCUGCCACUACCAAAAUAUUCUUUAUAAUUUUUUUUUAAUUAAAGUGAAAAAUAAAAAUAAAUUAAAAUGAAAAAUAAAAAUAAAUUAAAAUGAAAAAUAAAAGUAAAUUAAAAUGAAAUACAAAAUACUGAUUUACAAUUAAAAUUACAAAGUAAAAGUGAAUUUCACCAUGGCCGAGGGCUGCCACUACCAUAAUGCACAGCGACCCGAGAGCUGACUCAUUAAAAUUCCUUUGUUGUGACAAAAUGGCGGGCAAUUCUGAUAUCAGAGAAGCACCUUGGAAAGAUGAUGAAAAUCUUAAAGAAGCUUUGUCAAAUUAUGUUCAGCAAGGAUUAAAAAGAAGUGAGGUACUAGACUUUGUUACUCGCGACUUUCCUCAAUAUACGUGGAGUCUCAGGUCGCUCGAUAGACGUCUUCGCCAUUUCGAGUUGUUUUAUAAUGACCAAAAUAUUGGAGUCUCGGAUGUAAUCGAAGCGGUGCAAACUGAAUUGAACGGCCCGGGUAUGCUUUUAGGUUACAGGGCCAUGCACAAAAAAAUCAGGAUAGAACAUGGUCUUAAUGUUACAAGGGAUAAAGUCUAUGAUGUGAUGACCGAGCUUGACCCAGAGGGACUUGAAAUCAGAGGUGGCGUUGGUGGCAAGAAGAAAAGAAAGAAGGGGCAUUUCACGACAAAGGGAACGAAUUGGGUGCAUGCACUUGAUGGUCAUGAUAAGCUGAUGGGAUAUCAAAAUUCCACUUUUCCAUUGGCUAUCUAUGGAUGUAUUGACACUGCCAGUAGAAAGCUGUUAUGGUUAAGAGUUUGGAUAUCCAAUUCUGAACCAAAAUUAAUUGGGAAGUGGUACCUUGAAUAUCUCUAUGAAACGAGAAUAAUAUCAGCCAUGCUGCGAGUGGACAAGGGUACUGAGACUGGUGUCAUGGCAACCACACAUGCUUUUUUACGAAGUAAACAUGGAGAUAUGGAUCCACAUGAAACUGUUGUCUAUGGCCCUUCCACCUCUAAUCAGGUAAAUUUUCUAUUUAAUUGCUAAAAUUUAUUUUUUAUUUCAUUUUCUACACAUACUUUUUCAAACUGGCACAUACUCAGCAGCAAUCAUGCAAGCCUUUAAUAUUGAUUAUAGACCCAAUGGGCCAUUCCAUUUAAUAUGUGCACCCCCCCCCCCCGCCCCCAUUGAGGGGUCUGGAAAUCCUAUGGGGAGGGAGGGGUUAAUAUUGGUAAUUUCCGAGGGGGUAAAUCAGUCGGUCCCUUUGAUCUUCGAACAACAUAGGCCAAUUUCCAAGGGGGGGAAUGUGUCGGCACUUUGAUGUUCAAUUUCCUAAGGGGGUAAAACUUUUAAGGACCCCUCAAUAGGGGGGGGGGGUGCACAUAUUAAAUGGAAUGGCCCAAUGUACUUAAUCACGGACAAGAUUUAAUUUCAAUUCAAUUUUUUUUCAUAUCAUUAGCACUGAUGAAGAUCCGGGCUUACGGAUCGAAAGCUUUGCAGUAAUAAAUUUACGUGGUGUUUCCACAAACAAUAGUAUUAUAUGUUUAAUCGCCAUGCAAACCUACAAAGAACGUAUUACUCACCUGGGACACCUGUGCCCGGGCUCUGUAGAGCGUCUUGUUAAGGUUUAAUUUUAUGCUGCUUUAUUACUUUAAGAUUGAAAGGUGGUGGAAGGAGUUACAUGAAAGAAUGGAAAAGUAUUUCAAAGGUCAUUUGAGAUUGCUUAAAGAUCAAGUUAGGUCACUAUGAUCCACAUAAUGAGACCGACAGGUAAAAAUAUUAACAUUUUUAGUGGUACUGCACCCAAGUGUGUCCUACUUUGUUGUUUUACUCAGUUUAACACAAGACAAUGAGAAAAUUUGCUUGUCAAAGGGAUAAUACUGGUUCUUAAUGGGUUUGCUUGAAAAAUAAUACACACCCCUUGACAAAUUAUGACAUUGGGUCAUUCCAGAAAGCAUCCAUAUAUCUCCCUCACAGAGGGAAUUGGAAGUUAAUUAACCCCCCAACAUGUACCCCCUUCUUAUUGUAUAUGUCCUAAGAUACAUACUAAAUUGUUAGAAACAAAAUUCUCCCCCCCCCCCCUUCCCCCCUUCUGGAUGGCAGAAGUCAGAGAGUUUGGCAAAGACAACGGCAACAUGGUCAUCAACAUAGCAUUGAUCCUCAUAGACAAAGGUGAAUGUAAAUUACAUGGUCUUUAAAGCAUUGUGCAAUGCCAUAGUUGAUGAAACUAGUGUGUGAUUUGCAUCAUUUUCACGGUGCAUGACUACGGCAACAGUUAAUUCAUUCAAUGUUAUUUGAGGUGUUUUAUUUGAAUUUGCGAACUAUUUUUAUUUAUCAGGGCUGUUUUAGAGGAGCAAGAAUACUUAAAGAGGCAAAUUAAGUGUAGUAACAUAUACUUUGGCUGAAAUACAAUAAUAUAAGCACUUAUAUUAGCAAUUAUAUUUUUUCGCCAUUGUCGUUGCCGUUCUAGGUUGCCAAGUUCUCUAUCACCUCCUUGGGGGGAGGACAAGUUUACUCAUCAAAAGGAGACUGCUGUCAAAGUGUUAAGACAAGCAAUAUUGGUUCACUUGUCAAAUUGGUCUAAUUUUGGAUAAGUUCUUAAUUAAUUAAAUUAUUGACCUUAAUUUUAUUUAUGUUUCAAGAAUGCUUCUAUCUUUUGUUAUGAUACCAUUGGUUCAGAAAGAACUGGAUAUUUUUCGAGAGACUGUGUGGAACACUCAUAAAAUAAGAGCACAAAAGGAUGCAGUAUUGCCAAGUGGGAUUCCUAACCACAUUUAUAGCUUUCCAGAUGAGUAUGGUCUCAAAGAAUGUGGUAAGUUGUGCCCUGCUGUAUGUACCUUAUUAUUCUACUCUGUCUAAUGCCACAUGAAUUUUCUUGUGAAGGAUAGAGUCAUGCACACUAAAAUCGUACAUUGCAGCUUAGACACUACAUCAAUAUAGAGUUAUCUAACUUGCUUGCAGCUAAAAAAGCUAUUUAUAAUUACGAAGUGCAAUCAAUUUGAGCAAUAAAGAGAGAGAGAGAGGACAGCAUAUAUGGAGCCAAGGGCGGAUUUUCAUAUUUUUCUCUGGGGGGGGUGCAAAAACUUCAGGGGGUGGGGGUGGGUGGCAAUGAUCUUGUGCAGGGGCGGAUCCAGGGUUUUUGAUGACCGGUUACUAGGUUCACCCAACUAUGCUCCCCCCCGGAAAAUUUUUAAAUUGGGGCUCCGAAACAGCAUUUCCUGCAUUCUGGCGUCACUUUUUAAAUUAAUUUUAUUAAUGAUUAGAAAAUGCAUGUUUUUAAGUGAAUUUUUUACUAAUACGCAGCUCAAACAAUGAAUUGAACCUUUUCUGAAGUGUAUUAGCUAGUGCCUAGUGAUAAAAAUAUAGGAUCUGCUAAUUGCUGACACAUCGAUUUAGAUCUACACGCUUUCAAUCCAACUCUAACGACGAACUAAAACCCAAACUGCAAGAGCGUGAAUGCUUCCCAAUCAUUUCCUGAUUCUCAAUUGCCAAAGCAAUGAUCAGUGGGUCUAAAUACGCUCAGUAGUCCAUAAUCAAAUUUCAAUAAUAGAUUAGACAACAUCCAUUUUAUGAAACAGAAUAUCCUUUAAAUUAGUUAUAUACAUUAUUACAUGGAAGGUUAUAGAUUUUCUUUCUUUGGAAAAUCUGACAGGUUUAUGUACACCUGUCAAACCUGUCUGAAUCCAUUGUCAAUGUGCGAACGCGUGGUGCCGAUGAGCACGUGAACUUAUUUUUUGUAAGUCAAGUGUGUUUUACUUUUACGUUAAUAUGCUGCAAAAAAGCAUAUAUAGAAACAUGUUGAUUUUAAUAUUUCUAUCUUACUUAACGGUAGUUUAAUUUAAUGCUUUUAAAUUUUGGCAGGGACGGGGUGCACAAUUUCUCAGGGGGGGGGGGGUGGAAAUUUUUUUGGGGGGGUGCGCAUCCCCCAGAAAAUCCGUCCUUGUAUGGAGCACAUAUGACCAUUCUGUAACCUUUACAUAGUACCUUAUUUUACAGGCCUAAAAGUAACUGAAGAACAGCUGAAGGAGGCAGCUACCCUAUCUGGCAUUUUGCAAGUACCAGAUGACUAUUUGGAGCCAAAUGUUAGAGCAGAAUGUGAAAGACUGAUCCCUGAUCAUGACACAAUCAAACCAAAUGAAUGCCAAGAUGCAUACUUAUACUUGAAACAACAUUAUAAUAGUUAAUUUUAACAUGUCAAUUUUAAUGUUCUUUAUAAUAGAUGUCUAUAGAUGCAUGUCUGUGCAAUCAAGAUAUGGAAGAUGACUUCCUUGAUGCCUCAUUUAGAAGAUGUGAAUCGCUUCUACCAAAAACAGAAAAAAUAGAACCUAAAGAUUGUGCAUCUGCAUUCAUAUAUCUCAAAGAAAACUUUAACACAACAUUGUAGAUGCUACAUAUAGAUGUAAACUAAAUUUAAAUUCAUUUUGUAAAUACAGAUUUAAACCAAAUCCUUAGAAACAUGGUAGCAACCAGUCUGGUUAAGUUCUUAAUUUAAAGUAGUUCAAUAACUUCUGAAAAUUGAUUUGAUGUUUGUUGUUCUCAUGUAAAGUUUAAACAAAAACAAUCCUGGAUAGAUGGAAAGAAAAACAAAUGGUGAUCAAAGUUUGUUCGUUCACUGCAACCAGGUAUAUCAACCAUGUUCUCGCUUGUUACUCCGGUUUAAAUAAAUGAUUACAAAGCCCAGUCGAAUUGUAAUCAAGACCCAACAUUUCGACACUCCAGUCUAGUGUCUUCAGGGGUGAUCUGAAGUUACAAUCGUUGGCUUCUUAAAUACCCAAGGGAUGACGUCACCUGCCAAUGAGAUGCAUGUAUCCCUCUGGUAAAUAGGCACCGUCAUCCCUAUUCAAAGCAUGAUUACUCAUAUUUAUAUGCCAUGCUUCUAGGCAUAGUCUUUGACUAGUGUGGCAUAUAAAUGAGUAAUCAUCCUUUGAAUAGGGAUGACAGUGCCUAUUUACCAGAGGAAUACAUGCAUCUCAUUGGCAGGUGAUGUCAUCCUUUGGGUAUGUAAGAAGCUACAUUGCAAUUUUAGAUUACCCCUGAUGAAGACACUAGACUGGAGUGUCGAAACAUUGGGGUUUGAUUACAAUUCAAAUAGGCUUUGUAAUAAUUUAUUUAAACCAGUGUCGCAAGCAAAAACAUAAAUGGUGAUCAAUCUUUAUUGCAAACACUAGUCACCAAAAGUGGUAAAAGACAUUGGACCUACUAUGUUUUCCAACUGUUAAUUUAAGACUUGAAUUAAAUUGCCCAAUGUGUUCAUAAAAGUUUUUUUAUUAUAACCUGGUGUUAAACAGAUGCUUGCCCAGUCACUCUUUGCUACCACAUUACUAGGGAUGCGAUUUAAAGUCUGAUAUGUUCUUAAAAGACAUUAAUGAAUCUUCUAAGAGUAACUAACAGAUAAUGUCGAUAAUAUCAAGUUUUAGGUGUCCUUGUUAUACACCAAACUGAAAUAAGAACAAUGUUUUA